CCGCCGCCGCGCCCUCGUUCGGCGCGGCCCGCGCGCUGGUGGCGCGGCGCCACUCGUGCCUGGUGGCGGCGCCGCACCGGCGGCACGUGGCGCUGCCCCCGCGCUUCCUGGGCCGCAAGCGCUCCGGCAUCCGCGCGCAGCUGGACGCCGAGCUCCUGCGCUACUCGGAGAGCCUGCAGGGCGUGCCGGUGGCUUACGACAACAUCAAAGUGGUGGGGGAGCUCGGCGACAUCUAUGACGAUCAAGGGUUCAUCCACCUGGACGUGGAGGCGGACUUCGUCAUCUUCAGCCCCAAGAAAGGGAAGAAGCUGGUGGGUGUAAUUAAUAAAGUGGCCCCUAGUCACAUUGGGUGCCUGAUACAUGGAUGCUUCAAUGCAUCUAUCCCCAAGCCUGAACAAAUGUCCCCUGUACAGUGGCAAGAGCUGGGGUUUAAAAUAGGGGAUGAACUGAAAUUUCAAGUGUUGCACUUGGAUUCUGAUACAGCUGGGGUGUUCUUCAUUCGAGGAGGACUCACUAAAAGCAGCAUGCGGCCCAAAAAAUCUGAUGCAGUCCCUGAAAGUACAAAUGGGGAUGAAGUUCAAAAGCUUGACCACCAGGAAAAUGGCCUAAAUAACAGUGGGAAAGAUAAUGUCACAGAAGAGCCUUUAAAUGAGAUGGGUAACCUUGGGAGGGAAAAUGAAGAAGACCCAGGUAUUGAUGCUGUGAAUGGAUUAUGUGAUGAUAAGAAGAAGAAGAAGAAAAAGAAAAAAGACAAGGACAAGGACAAGCAAGGAGAACAGGAACUUGUAUUGCCUACCAGUGACUCCAGUGGUUACCAAAGUGACCAUAAAAAGUCAAAGAAAAAGAAAAGAAAGCAUUGUGAUGAAGUUGAAGAAAGUGAAUUAUCUCAGCUGUCAGAAAAACCCAAAGCAAAAAAGAAAAGGACUGAGGUCUGAAGUGUCUUCCCUGUAUUACAUUUCAGAUGUUUUUGAUAAGUUUCAAUAAAACCCUGUUUUGAAAA